AGCAAGAAACAGUUCCGCACCCGGUGUUUUCCCCCGAAAUAUCAGUGCAUCAUCAAGUGUACAGUUCGGUUGAUUGAAGCUUUUGGCUGAAGAAUCGAGAAUCGUUGGAAGAGAAAAUGCAGCGUUCCAGUGUGCAAUCGUCUACGUCGCUGUUGGUGGCUUUGGUGUUCCUGUUGAUGGGAGCGGCGCUCCCCGUUGACUCCCUGGAUCUGUUCAAAGAAUGUGCCGGGGCGAAAAGUUCCGUUUCCUGUUUCGGGAACAAAAUGGUGCAAAGUGGCCUUAAACGGUUGUCCAGUGAAAAAUCGCUGCAACUGUUCCCGGGUGUGGAUAUCGUGGAGGCAGCUCCCGAAGCAAACAAUGACGUCGAAGGGUCUUCUCGGUCUUACAACGAUCAGGCGGAUACGAGUGUUUUAGGGCGCAUUGCCCGGUAUCUGACCAGCCACGAGCUCAAGAUCAAUUUCGGGGAGCUGGCACGCAAGAGUGACUUCCAGAAUGCGAUCUCGUCGAUGGUGCGCAAUGUCCAGGAUGAUAUGCUAGGCGAAAUGACAGAAGCCCGCAAAAAGGACAAGGGAGGACUCGGAAUGAUCCUGCUGAUGAAGGUGAUGAUGAGCAAAAUGCUGGGAGCGCUCGGGUUCGGUGCCGUGGCCGCCCUGGCCAUGAAGGCCCUCGGCGUGUCGAUGAUGGCCCUGGUGAUGGCCGGUGUCAUUGGACUGAAGAAGCUCGCCGACGGCGGCGGUGACCACAAGGGACGCCAAAACCACGACGCCGACAUCCAGGUGCUGGACGGUGGCUACGGGGACCACUACGAUCGGGUCAGUUCGGUGCGACGACGACGAUCACUGUCGAAUUUGGCCUACCGGGGCUGGACCGAAGAGGUGAAACGGGAGUGAAAUCAUGUGCGAUGCGUGCACGAACAAGAGGAUGAAAAGAAAUAUUUAUUCUAGUGUUGAGAGUUGACUAAGAGCUAACUGAAAAUGGUUAUUUAUUUAUUUAUUGUUAUUUAUUUUGAAACGACAGAUGAAAUUGCAAAUAAAG